CAUUUCAUAAAGUAUAUUCUCUCCCUUCCCUUGUCAGUGAAGAGAACCCCAGUUCUUCAGAUUUUCUAGUAGUAAAUCUAGAAAUUAGAAGGAAAUUAGAAUCAUAAUCUUUUCUAAGAUCCAGAGAUGAAAAGAACAGCUGAUUCAUUGGAUGAAGAUCCAAAUCUCUUAAUUGAAGAUGAAAGAUUGAAGAAAAGAAAGAACAAAUUGGAAGAAGAAGAAGAAGAUGAUAAGGAAAUUGGAUUUGCUGAUCUAAAUGAUGAUUUAGCAUUUGAAGUUUUAAAACAUUUUGAUGCAAAAACGUUAGCUACAGCAGCUUGUGUUAACAAAAAAUGGAGUAAGAUGGCUGAAGAUGAAAGAUUAUGGGAAUUUAUCUGUACUCGUUACUGGGCUAAUAUUGGUUGUGGUAAUCGACAACUUCGUUCGGUUGUUCUUGCUUUAGGUGGAUUUCGUCGUCUUCAUUCUCUUUACAUCUGGCCUUUGUUGAAACGAUCUUCAUCUUCUUCAAUUGCAUCAUCGUCGUCAUCAUCAUCGGUUCUUCCAUCAAGAACAGUAGUGAAGCCAAAACCUAAUUGGGGAAGAGAUGAAGUCAAUCUUUCACUGUCUCUACUUUCAAUUCGUUAUUUUGAAAUGAUGAAUUUCAGUAACAGAAAUUUGGAUAAAAAAGAAAAGAAGUAAUUCAAGACAAGAAAGGGAUUAUCCUUAUUUCAAUCCUGAAUAUUUUCCAUUUACUCAAGUAUUUUCCGGUUUUUUUUUUGUUUAAUUUUGCGUUUUGUUUUGAUUAAUAAAUUUAAGUUAAAUUUCCAGUUUCUUUCUUGAAUCUUGUAUUAGAUCUGAAUCAAACUCCCUAGUAAGGUUGAAAUCUGUUCUUGUAUUUGUUUGUUUAUAUGUUCAAAUGGAAAUCUUUUGAAGUCUGAAA